UUUUCAUGGUCCUCAAUCCCCGUUUCUAUCUCAAUAGGUACAAAGAUUCCAAGAUCAAUGAUGAAGCCAAAAGCUGAGACUGAGCCCACCAUAGAGUAAAUGCUGGCAGUGGUGGUGGAGCAGGUUUUCUUAGUGGGUUUGUUUCUUUGACAUCUAUAUACACUAUUGCAUACACCAUCCAAAAUCUACUAAGCCAAACUAUCACUCAAACAGUGCUAUUUUCAUAAUCUCAUUCUUGCUUUCUCUCCCUCAUGGCUCUUGUUUGGAAUUUAGUCAUCACUUUCGUAAUUCUUGUUCUUCAACAACAAUCUUGGAUCCUUGUCGCCUUUGCCUCAAGCAUUGUCCAUAUUGUGUAUAUGGGCGACAACAGAAUAAAGCAGAGUGAGCAACACUUGGUUGAAGACUCCCACCUUGACAUGCUAUCUAGUAUUCUCGGAAGCAAAGACGCUGCUAGGAAGUCCAUCCUGUAUAGCUAUAGUCAUGGCUUUUCUGGAUUCGCUGCAGUUUUAAGUCAGCCCCAAGCUAGGCUCAUUGCAGAUUUCCCAGGGGUCGUCCGUGUAAUUCCAAAUAAAAUUCUCAGUCUUCACACAACAAGAAGUUGGGACUUUUUGAACGUAAAGCAAGAAAUAAUAACCGGUGCUCUUUCUAGGGGUCAAUCUGGAAGAGGAACCAUCAUCGGCAUCAUGGACACUGGUAUUUGGCCAGAGUCUGAGAGCUUUAGAGAUGAGCACAUGGACAAUCCUCCUUUUCACUGGCGUGGUAUCUGCCAAGGAGGAGAAAGUUUUGAUCACUCCAGUUGUAAUAGGAAAAUUAUUGGUGCACGUUGGUACAUUAAAGGAUACGAAGCUGAAAUUGGUAAACUAAAUACAAGCGAUGGGGUGGAGUACUUGUCUCCUCGAGAUGCAGCAGGCCAUGGCACUCACACAUCAUCUACUGCAGCUGGUGUUGCAGUGGAAAAUGCAAGCUUUAUGGGACUAGCUAAAGGGUUGGCAGGUGCUCCAUCAGCUUGGUUAGCUGUGUACAAAAUUUGUUGGUCUACUGGGGGAUGCAGCUCUGCUGAUAUUCUUGCAGCUUUUGAUGAUGCAAUAUUUGAUGGGGUUGACAUUCUUUCAGCAUCUCUUGGCUCAGAUCCUCCACUUCCUACUUAUGUUGAGGAUGCACUGGCCAUUGGUUCUUUUCAUGCUGUUGCUAAAGGAAUUUCUGUGGUAUGUUCUGGUGGCAAUUCUGGUCCAUAUUCCCAAACUGUCAUAAACACUGCACCUUGGAUUAUUACUGUUGCAGCUAGUACCAUAGACAGAGAAUUUCCAUCUAGGAUUAUCCUCGGAAACAAUCAAACUCUAAAGGGUCAGAGUUUAUAUACAGGGAAAGAUUUGAGCAAGUUUUAUCCAAUUGUUUUGGGAGAAGACAUAGCAUCAUCGGAUGCAGAUGAAGAAAGCGCAAGGGGCUGCAAUUCAGGGAGCCUGAAUGCCACCUUAGCAAAAGGAAAAGCAAUUCUGUGUUUUCAGUCUCGGUCACAGCGGUCAGCCACAGUUGCUAUAAGAACAGUUACGGAAGCUGGUGGCUCUGGUCUCAUAUUUGCUCAGUUUCCCACUAAAGAUGUUGAUACAUCAUGGAGUACACCCUUUGUCCAAGUUGAUUUUAUCACGGGAACAACUAUUCUAUCAUACAUAGAAGCAACUAGGAAUCCUGUAGUAAAGUUUGGCAAAACAAAAACAGUUGUUGGCCAACAGAUAUCACCAGAAGUGGCAUUCUUCUCUUCGCGAGGACCAAGUUCUUUGUCUCCUUCAGUAUUGAAGCCUGACAUUGCUGCUCCUGGGGUUAAUAUUCUUGCGGCCUGGUCACCUGCUUCUUCUGCUGGGCGUUUGUUAUAUGAUGCAAAAUCAAAAAAGUUGCAGCCCCUUACCUUCAACUUUGAGUCAGGAACUUCCAUGGCAUGCCCUCACAUUUCUGGUAUUGUUGCACUUAUAAAAACUGUCCAUCCAACUUGGAGCCCCGCUGCAAUUAAAUCUGCCCUUGUCACAACAGCUUCUCUGAAAAAAGAAUACGAUCAAUACAUUUGGGCCGAGGGAGCACCACAUAAACAAGCUGAUCCAUUUGACUACGGUGGUGGACAUGUUGAUCCUAACAAAGUGACAGAUCCUGGUCUGGUAUACGACAUGAAAACCUCAGACUACAUUCAUUUCCUUUGUUCUAUGGACUACAACGACACUGCCGUAAGCUCUUUAACAGGAUCUCCUACCAAAUGCCAUAAAUCACACAAAUACCUCUUAAACAUGAACCUCCCUUCUAUCGUUAUUCCUGAGCUGAAGCAACCCCUCACAGUUUCAAGAACAGUCACAAAUGUUGGCCCAGUAAAAUCUAUCUACACCGCUCGUGUUGAACCUCCAAUCGGCGUAUCUGUCACAGUUGUGCCAUCAACCUUGACAUUUGGUCCAAAAAGAAAGAAAAUGAAAUUCAAGGUAACCUUUUCUUCCAAGCUACGAAUUCAAAGCAGAUUCUCAUUUGGCUACCUCUUCUGGGAAGAUGGGUUACAUGAUGUCAGAAUGCCAUUAGCAGUUCGCUCUGUUGUACAAGAAUUUUGAGCACAAACUUAAUACUGCAAUUACUAACACUGUCACAAAAUGGUAACAAUCAUGUGCCAUUGUGUUUUCUUGUAUGUAGUAUUAAUAAUGGUUCA